AUGGCUUUCAAACGUGCAGAAGACGUUCCUGGAACCUCGGACGAAACACUUCGCCUGUACACUGAAUUGUUGUCUGGUUACGAAAAGGACGUCCGUCCCGCAUUGCAACACGAUACCCCCAUCAACGUCACCUUCGUCUUCAUGCUUACGCAGAUUAUCGACGUGGACGAACGCAAUCAAAUCCUCACCACAAACGCAUGGUUACAUCAGUACUGGACCGAUUACAAGUUGGUGUGGGACCCUCGGAAGUACGGCAAUCUUACACGGAUUCACAUCCCACACGAAAGGAUCUGGCGACCCGACGUUGUGCUCUACAACAAAUCAUCCUGUCCACUGGACGUCAAGCAUUAUCCGUUUGAUCGUCAAACUUGCACAUUAAACUAUGCGAGUUGGGCGUAUGACGGAACGAAAAUCGACUUAUUGCUCAAUUCGGAAAGAGGUGACCAGAGCAACUACAUGAUGAGUACCGAAUGGAAUCUUCUACGAAUAACAGCAGAAAAGAACUCGGUCAUCUAUAGUUGCUGUCCAGAUGCACCGUAUCCAUUCGUGAAUAUUCAUAUCAGUAUCGAACGAAGGCCAAUGUUUUACGUGUUCAAUUUGAUACUUCCAUGUGUGCUGAUUAGUGGUAUAGCUCUUCUAGGUUUUUAUAUGCCAUCUGAUUCUGGCGAAAAAGUCACCUUAGGUAUCACUUCACUUCUUUCUACUACGGUAUUUUUGAUGUUAGUCGCCGAAGGUAUGCCCCCUACAUCAGAAGCUCUACCGUUAAUAGGUCUCUAUUACGGUGUCACAAUAUUCCUCGUUGCUCUUGCUACUGCAAUGACAGUGCUUACGCUGAACGUUCACCAUCAAGGUGUGCACGGUGGCGAAGUACCCAGAUUUCUACAACAAAUUGCAUUUAAAUUUCUUGCACGAAUACUUUUCGUACGAAUCGAUCCGUACCACUCAAUUACCCAUCAUGUACGGUACAUCUACCAGCGUGAUCGACCGGAUAGUGCACGGAAUUCGGAAUGCUACAAAAGCCCUGCAUAUCAGACAUCGUCGCCAGAAAUUCGAAUGAAACAGCGAUAUAGCAGCCCGACCAAACCUCGCAUACCUCUUUAUGACAGUCCACAGAAAGCACGGAAGGUAUCUUUUGCACCACAAGUACACAUGAUGAAAGAGACGCCAUUAACGUCGUCUGUACCAUUGAUGAGGCGCCGCCAAGCGUGUGAACCACCGGUGGAAGCGGAUAAGCUCGACGACUUUGAGAGUGAAUUCUUACGAGUGCUUGAUCUAGUCCACGCUACCAUUGAACGUAAUGAGAUGCGGGUUGCUGAACGUGAUCGGCGUGACGCCACGCAACUAGAAUGGCAACAGGUCGCCAUGGUACUCGAUCGAUUUCUGCUCAUCGUCUUUCUGAUUGGUACAGCUCUCUCGUCAUUUCUGAUACUAUACCAACGAGACAUUAUCGAAUGA